AUGCUGGAUUGGCGGUCGUUUCAUCUCGCCGCAAGAGACGGCGAUCUGGCUCGUGUGCAGAAAAUUCUCAACCACAGAUUCGGAAUCUCGACUUUCGACAUCGGCAAUCCCCGAGGCGCCGAUAUAACAGAGGAAUCGACGAUGUUCACAGCGGAAACGUCAUGUUCCUCGGACGGUAACACGGUUACAGCAGAGGUGUCGGAUUUCGUCAACUCUCGCGAUUCCUCUGGCAAGUCCGCGCUUCACGAGGCGUGCGCGCACGGGCACGCGGAAAUCGCCCGCCUGCUGCUCUCCCUGGGCGCGCUCCCCUCUGCGCGGAAGGCCAACGGCUUCACUCCGCUGCUCUGCGCGGCCGCGGGGGGUCACGCGGAGUGCGCGAGGCUCCUUCUGGCGCACAUGCGCGCGGGAGAAAGCGCGAGGGAAAUUUCUGGCGCAGAAAGUGCGGGGAAAGGUGCAGAGGGAAGUGGCGAACGCGGGCGCGCGAGCGCGUGGCGGGCAGCGGACAGGUGCGGGGAGAACGCGCUUCACCUGGCAGCGCGAGCAGGGGCAGAGGAGGUGGUGGACAUGCUGUUGGAUGCUGCCGAAAGAGAGGACAAGCAUGUGGGUUCGUCAGGUGAAACGCCAGGUGGAGAGGGAGAAAAGAACGAGGAAGGUGUGCGCGGUUCAGGCACCUCUGCUUCUCCCACAUCGAUUUCCGCGCCGGAUUCUCCUCUCGCAUCCUAUUCCUAUCCAACUGCAUCACUGAUGGCAGUGUCUUGUCACACACGCUCGGCCAUUUGUCCAUUGGUGAACGGCGAACGCCAGUCACAUUUCUUUGUGAAUGCACGCACGCGCAACGGCCGUACUCCACUGCAUUCCGCCUGCCUGCAUGGCCACGUGGCGGUCUGUGAGUUGCUGCUGAAGCACGGGGCCAAUCCCACGGCACGGGACUCUUCUGGUUCGGAGCCGAUCCAUGAAGCAGCUGCAGGGGGGCACGUGGCAGUGAUUCAUUUGCUCGCUGCUGGCUCCACAGCACCUGGUCUAGCCAGUCUCGGCACUCAGACAAGCACCAACACUCACGCCGAAACAGAUUCCAAUGCUCAGCUUUCCAGACCGGAUGAGAUUUGUGAUUUUGACACUGAACUACCUCCAGCUGAUUUCAAAAUCCGGGAUGCGUCUGCAGCUAUGUCUUUAGUUGAUGUGAACACUAGGGAUGCAUCUGGUGCAACGCCUUUUCACUGUGCUGCUGCAGCUGGCCAUGUGGACGCCAUGCGUGCGCUGAGUCAGCACGGGGCUGACCUGGAUCCCGUGGAUAAUGCAGGCACCACGCCUUUGUACUGGGCGGCAAGUAGGGGACACGUGGCUGCUGUUGAGUGGCUGCUGGAGCAACAAGAGCAGGAACACCUGAAGGUGUUGCAGGAGGGAACAGCAGGAGGAGGAAGAGGAGAUGAUAGUAGGUGCAGCAAGGAUAGAGGCAGCAGCAAGCGCAGUGCACUCCAUGUUGCAGUGGGUUACGAGGGCGAGGAUGGCGGGGGAGUAGGGGACGUGCGAGCCGCGGUGGCGGCAGCGGAGGUUGUUGCCGCAUCGCCUUCGUCUGCGGCGAUGCCGAAGGUUCCUGACUCGCCGGACUUUGCUAAGUAUAUCGGGUUCAAGGACAAACGCGGCGGUUCGCGGUCAACGAAGUCCAUGCGGUCUACAAGCUCAACGCGGUCAUCGAUUAGCUCAGCUCAGCUUGACGUGAGGGAAGCGGCAGCGAAGGCCUCUGCCGCAGUCGCUAACCCCGUUAUAGCACAGCAGGUGCAGGCUGCGCUUAAUAACGAGGCGCCUAUUAACGCGGUCAGCGAGCUGCAGUCCCAACAGCAGUCCCAGCAGCUGCAGCAGCAGGAGGCGGAGGCGCAGAACCAGCAGCAGGCGCUGCGGCGCAGGCUGGGACCUACCGCGCUAAAGGCCUUCCCCGCGCCCGACGCACUUCUUACCGCCUCCCCCAGCGGCGGAAAGAAGGUCUCCGCGUUCCGCCAAGCCGCCAUCGCUCGCCACCUCCAAUCCGUCUCCGCGGUAGGCGCGGUCGGCUCGCCGAACAGUAACCCUGCGGUUCUAAGGGGGGAUUCCCCCUCAAAGACAGCGGUCGCUAAUCACCGUUUGGCCGCCGCCAUUGCCGCCGCUUCUCGCGGAACCAGCGGAACUGGCUCCUCCCCAUCUCCCGCCCAGAUUGCGGCGGCGGCGAGCGCCGCUACGCGGCUAGCGAAGCGCCAUUCCGCCGACCCGGAGCGUUCCGGCGCUGAUUCCGCCGGAGCGAACAGUGCGGGGAGCGCGGGGGGGAGUACCGGGGGAAGCGGAAGCAGCGCGGGAAAGGGUGUGCCGUGGGAAUUGACGCGGUCCAAAACAGGCGACUCGGGUGGGUCAGCCCAUGGCGAAGAGGGCACUCGCGAAGUGCCGGCGCGCAGUGCGGGAAUGGGGAUGGGAUGGGGGAUGGGGAUGGCGGACGCCGAUGACGGCGGAGCGGCGAUUGCGCGGCGGAAGACCGCGGAUCAUCUGCACAGCAUGCGGAACGCGCGCGAAGCGGAGAGAAGCAUGCAAUCGCAACGGUUCCCCUCGUCUCGCUCCACAAUGACCGGCGGCGACAUGAUGCCCGUGUCGCUAGAAGAGCUGUGCAGCGGCGAGAUUGACGAAGGACUAAGCGACACGGACGAGUUUGGUGCCAGCGACACGGACGGAGACGAUCUUAUCGAGGGGCUAAUUCUCCCGUUAGAAGGUCACGCGGUACCGGAACAAGAUACGCGAGGGAUGACUCGAACAAGGUCCCUCGGGAAUCUCGAAUCGGCUCUCGAAGCGGCUGUUGCGGCGGAUCUGGCCGUUUUACCGUUUGAUGCGACGAAAACAAGCAGCACUGGCGGCGGCUCGGGGGAGCUUCGUACGGCGGGAUCGGGAGUGGCUAACGCGAGGGGAGGGCAGCACGAGUUGAACACGUUGAAGAGCGCGACGCGGAGAGCUUCGAUUGCUGGGAGCGCUGUAACGGCAGCUUCGACGGCAUUAGCGGCGCGAGGCAAGGGCUGGGGAGUCAGCCUGCUCCAUGCGAGGGAGACACUAGGCGGCUCCGGUUCGUUCGACCUAGAUCGACUUGCUAAUAAGCGAGUUGACUUUGGCGGCGCGCAAGGGUUGGGGACACAAACGGGGGGUAUGACUAGAAUGAAGGAGGGGGGAAACGUGGUGAAGUCGGGAGAGUUGGACCGUUUCCCGAGCACUCAAGCGUCGGAAGCAGGUGUUUCUCCAGGUGGGGCCUCUGUUGGUUCAGGUGGUGGCGACAGUGGUCGUCUUUCGUCCCUUUCUGCUUCCGCGUCGGGUGGUUCGGGCUUGGAGCUUUACUCCCCGUAUCCGGCUGGUGGUAACCCUACCGAAAUCGCUACGGGCCUGUCUUCGUCUGGAGGCAGCCUUGGCACCGAGGCGUUCAGUGGAGGUUUGGAUCCGUACGGUGUAGCUGCCGUACCUCUUCCCGUACCUACGCUCUCGCCUCGGCCGUCCAGCUCUGGCGGGGACAGGCCUGCUGGUGCUGCUGGGAGGAGAAGGGACGGGGGAAUGGGGGGAGGAGGAGUCGGGGGUUUGGAGGCGUCUGGGCUAGGCGCAGGGGGAGGCGUGCCAGUUGUUGUUAAGGCGGAAAAGGGGGCGGAAGGGAGGGGAAAUGCGGAGAAAAUGGUGCUGAGGUGUCCUGUGACUGGAGCGGAAGUGAAUAUGGGCGAUGGUGAUAAUAAGGGACACAGCCACGGAUCCGCGCAUGCGGGCGGAAGUGGAAGCUUGGGCGGAAGCGGGAGCAUGAGCGGAAGCAGUGGGCGCAGUGGCGGGAGUGUCAGGGGUGUUAGCGCGGGUGCUGCGAAGGGGGGGAGAAGUGGGGAGGUGGGAGCGGAGAAACGGGGAAGCGCGGGGGGAGGAGGAGUGGAGGUGAUGGGGAAAGUGAUUGCAGCGGUGGUUGAAGCACACUCGCUUUUUUUCACUGAUGAGACUCCCAACGGCACCAAGAUAUGCGAUCACCUUCUCGCUGCCCUCCUCAACCUCACCCAAUCCCCCAUGGGCGUCAUUGCCUCUGUGCUGCACCGCCACGACGGUUCACCUUACCUCAAGACCCAUGCAGCCACCAACGUGGCAUGGACGCCAGAGCUACACCAGUGGUGUCUCGCCAACUAUGCCAGCGGUCUAGUCUUCACCAACAUGAAGUCCCUCCUCGGCGCCUCCAUCGCAUCCCGCCAGCCCUACAUCUCAAACCACCCUCACUCCGACCCGCAAUCGUCCGGCACACCCCCUGGGCAUCCCACCAUCAACUCCUUCCUCUCCGUGCCUGUGUUCAUGGGCACCGAGCUAGUGGGCGUGUGGAUGGUAGCGAACAAGGAGGGAGGCUAUAACGAGGAUUUAGUGCAUGCAACAGAGCCACUAUCGGCCACGAUGGGGCAGAUCCUGUUCGGAAUCAGCAAGAGGAAGAGAAGGAUGGAGGCCAAGAGCAAGCUCUAUGAGGGGCGAGUGCCGGCUGCUGGCGAAUCCCGUCUGGUGGUGGACGCCUUGGGUACAGUCACAGCCUGCAACAGAGAGGCAAGCAAACUGUUCUGCAUGCCCAUACUCGCACCACCGCCAACGACACCCCUAGCAGCAGCACCACCAUUAGCAGCGGCUGGAGCACCAGCAGGAGCAGCAGCUGCUGCUGCAGACGAGGCAGUGUAUCCCCUGGCUGAGCCGGUGGCUUUUCCGGAUCUGUUUUACAACAUCAACUGCAGAGAGGACUUCAUGUUGCUCGGAGUCGACGCUCAUCUGGACAAGUCCUGCUGGUCCAUGGCACGCCAGCGCACCGGCAAGACCAUUCUGGCUCUCGUCCGCAUCACCAAGCAGAACCUCCCCACCGGUGCUGCUUUCAUCUGCUCAGUGUGGGAGAUGAUUCCACCCGAGUAUGCCAAGCUGCUCCGAGGAACCCAGUGA